AUGACUGGCCAGAUGACAAAUUUGGCGAUCGAGUUCGACAUCGAGUUUACGUCGACUGCUCAUCCUGUCGGGCUGGGGGGAGUAGGGGUGCACAUAGUCACUGAGUCUGGAGAAGAACUCAACUAUGAGAUCAAACUCAGCUUCAAGGACACCAACAACGAGGCUGAGUAUGAGGCGCUACUGGAAGGAUUGACAGUAGCCAGGUCCUUGGGUGCUACCGAGGUCGAGAAAAGGGCCGACUCGCAGGUGGUGGUCAGUCAAGUAACGGGACGAUUCGCCACCAAAGGAGAGAAACUGAAGAAGUAUCUCCAGCAGGUAGGAAAGGAACGCGAUCUCUUCAAAUAUUUCCACAUCCAGCAAAUCUCAAGGGGAGGAAACAACAAGGCAGACCAUUUGGCAAAGUCAGCCUCAGGCUGGGAAGAAACCCGCCUUUCAAACUAUACCAUAGUCUGA